AUGUACAAAAUCCUCCUCUCGAGUCAACACUCGAUCGAGCCACCGCAAUUUUUCCACAGUCCAAUACUUCACAUUGCCGUUAACUUCACAGAUGGGAUGUUCAGAGGAAUGUACAAUGGAAAGCAGUAUCAUGUGGCUGAUGUCGCCGCCGUGCUUAGUAGGGCUUGGAAUGCCGGCGUUGAUCGGAUUGUUGUGACUGGAGGUUCUCUAGAGGAAUCAAAGGAAGCUCUGGCAAUUGCCGAAACUGAUGCAAGACUCUUCUGCACAGUUGGUGUUCAUCCAACAAGAUGUAAAGAAUUUGAUGACAGUGGUGAUCCGGAGGGGCAUUUUAAGGCUCUUUUGUCAUUGGCUAGAGAGGGAAUUGAGAAAGGCAAAGUAGUGGCGAUCGGAGAAUGUGGUUUGGACUAUGAUAGGCUUCACUUCUGCCCAGCUGAAAUUCAAAAGAAGUACUUUGAGAGGCAAUUUGAAUUAGCAUAUGUGACGAAGUUGCCAAUGUUUCUUCACAUGCGAGCGGCAGCUGAGGAUUUCUGCAAUAUUCUUGAGCAAAAUAAACACAAGUUUUGCUCUGGGGUUGCUCACUCUUUUACUGGUGGUGCCCAAGAUCGUGAUCGUCUUCUCUCAUUCAAUAAUCUGUUCAUAGGCGUAAAUGGAUGUUCUCUAAAGACUGCUGAGAACCUUGAUGUUGUGAAGGGAAUUCCUGUCGAGCGACUGAUGAUUGAAACAGAUUCUCCAUACUGUGAAAUUAAGAACACACAUGCAGGGAUGAAGUUUGUGAAAACCUUAUGGCCUUCAAAGAAGAAGGAGAAACAUGAUCUGGAGUGCAUUGUCAAAGGCCGGAAUGAACCAUGUUUAGUGCGGCAAGUGCUUGAGGUGGUGGCUGGCUGUAAAGGAAUUGCCGAUAUUAAUCAGCUUAGCGAAACUGUGUACCACAACACCUGCAGAGUGUUUUUCCCUCAGGAUUUGGACACUGCAGCAGAUGCACUUCUUGCUGCUAGACAGAGUGCCUCAUGA